AUGGAGAGUAUUGCCGACUUGAAAGACCACUUCGACCGGGAGGAGCAGUCAAAGCUCGCAGAAAGCCCACCAGGAGAUGAUUGCUUCGAUAGCCCAAGCUCAUUAUCGCAAUGUCGGGAGCGGCAGCGCCCCUUGCUUUUGUAUGGGUGUAGACCUGUAGCAUCGAGAGCAGAGAUACUAUCCGCACUGCCGCCAAAGAAUGCAGUGGACCGUUAUAUAUCGCGGUAUUUCAACCGUCUUGACCUUGUCUCUUCAUCGUCUGUCCAUGGCCCAACGUUUCUGAAAGAGUACGAAGACUUCUGGCGCAGUCCGGACGAAGCAUCACCAAUGUGGAUUGGCCUUCUGUUCAGCAUGAUAUGCUUAGCUGUCAUUGCAUCAGAUCCACCUCCCGAUAUAUCUGAACAUUACCAUCAACAGUUGCAAAUCGCCCUGUAUCGUGAAAAACUGGUUCAAUGCCUGCUGAUGGGAGAGUACACUCAAGGUGGCGACUAUGCGCUGGAGACCUUCAUGAACUACGUCUACGUCGAGUUUAGGAUACAUGAUGACGCCCAAAAAGAUAUUUGGUUCUUGCUUGGCCUCGAGGUCAACUUAGCCAAACGCAUGGGAUACCAUAGAGAUCCUAAACACUUUCCUGAAAUAACUCCGCUAAAGGCAGAGAUGAGGCGCCGGGUAUGGGCAACUGUGCUACUAGGAGACAUCUUGAUCUCCGGUCAGAUGGGAAUGCCCCGCAUGGUACGAGAUGGCGAGUUCGAUACAGCCGAGCCACGAAAUUUGAACGAUGAAGACCUGAAUGGAGAAAUGACAAGUCUACCACUACCGAGGCCAGAGACGGAGCAUACAACAGCACUUGGGAUCAUUGCUCGAAGGAGACUUCUGAUCGCUCUAGGGACCAUCUCUGAUCUUACGGCAUCCCUGACCACAUGCAGUUACGCGGACAUGAUGCGAGUUGACGGGAACUUAGAGCAGGCAUACACCAGCAUUCCUCCACCACUCCACAUGAAGUCAAUGGCAUCCAGCGUCACCGACUCUCCCCAAGUAAUCAUGGCUCGACUAUUUCUCCGUCACAUGUUUUGCAAGGGAAAAAUCAUGCUGCAUCGCCGAUUUCUCUUCGCAAAGUCGACUAUAGAGCGUGAAGGCAUGUACUCAUAUUCGAAGACAGCCUGUCUUGAUGCGGCUCUCGGAAUGUUGCAAAUCCAACAAACUCUGAACGAAGAAACCUGUCCCGGCGGCCAGCUUUUCAUGAUGCACUGGCGGGUAGGCUCGAUCAUGAAUCAUCACUUCUUGACAGCCACCAUGGUCCUCUGCUCUUUGGUCCACCAGAGAACAACUCUGAGCCGAGAGGACGAGAUCGUGUCCGCGUUGAGGACUGCUCGUGGCAUAUGGAUAAGGAAAGCCGAGGACUCGGUUGAGGCGAAGAAGGCGUCGCAAGCAGUCAGUAUCGUUCUGGCAAGAGCUGGAGGUUCGAGGUUUGAUGCUACCCUCAUAGCUGAUCGGCCUAGCCAAGUAAGGUCCGACUCUAUCACAGUUUCGAAAGAUGUGGUUGGGGAAGGCCUUGUGGGAGAUCAUGCCAUGUUUGAUGAGCAAAUGCUCUUGGUAGAGGCUUUCAUGUCAGGUGAAAGCGACAGAGGUAAAUACUGA